AUGGCGCGCAGCGCGCAGGGCUGCCUGCACGACGGCAACGACGCGCUGGUGGAGGACCUGCUGGCGCUCAAGCAGAAGAUCCGCGAGUCGUCGCACCUGGCCUCCAACUACGGGCGCGCCAUCGCGUCCAUCCGCGCGCACCCGGAGCCGCUGCGCAGCGCCGCCGAGGCCAAGAAGUUGCGCAACAUCGGCAACUACCUGGCCAACCAGAUCCACAGCAUCCUGCGCAAGCGGGGGCUGCUGGAGGCGGCGCCGGACGAACCGCCCGUUGCGCCUCCGCCUCCGACCCCUGUAGCUCGACCGCAGCCCAAGAAAUCGUCCAGAAAUGCCGCGAUCGGAACGCCCGAACGGCCAGCGAGAGACUACGCGCCCGCGUACCGCAAGCAGCCGUGGUUCGUGCUGCUGGUGCUGAAGGAGGCGCGCGCGGUGGAUGAAGACGCGGCGGUGCCGAGUGACUCGUUGCUGCAGAGGAUGCUGGCCGCUGGGUAUGAAGGCAGCAGUGCAAAGCUGCGGACGUGUUUGGCGUCGCUGAGCGGGACGCACGAGGUGGUCAAGAGGUCCAACCUGGGCUACUACUAUCUCACGGAGAAAGGUCGGCGCAGUGCCGAUUUGUGCCCGGGAUCGCUGCCAGGGAGCGCGAUUGAUACAACUACAACCGCAACGGCUACGGCGCCUGCGACGACAGCUUCAGCUCGACCAGUUCUGCGGGAAUACCCGUCGAGCCCGGAUGUGACUUGCAUUGAGACGGAAGACUCGGACGACGACAUUCUGAAUCAAGUUCUGGAGCCUCGUGUGGUGAUGCCGCGACUGCCCGAACCGGAGCCGGAAGCGGGGACCAGGAAGCGCACUACGCCUGAAGAUCUGAUCCGCGAGACGGAUACGUGGGAGCUGGUAUUGCUGUUGGACCAUCGCGAGGUUAUCGAGCGGCGCAACCCGCGCAUCCUUGAGCGGAAGUUGCUGGAAAGGAACGUGAACUGCGAAGUCCGCGCACUUGGCGUAGGAGACGUUCAAUGGAUUGCUCGUCGUUAUCGCAUCGGCGGGGACACGCAGGAGUUUGUGCUGAAUAUCAUCGUCGAGCGGAAGGAGGUGCACGACCUGUCGGGCAGUAUUAUCGAUCGCCGCUUCUUCGAGCAGAAGACGCGUCUGGCUACGGUCCGCGAGACCUGCGGCGACGUGCAUGUUAUUUAUCUCAUCGAAGGCUCGCUGACGCAGAUAACCACGGUGCGCACGAGCGGUCUUCACACGGCGAUGGGCCGUACGCAGGUGCAGAACAACUUUUUCGUUCAGCAGUGCCAGAACGCGGACGAGACUGUGACGUUCCUCGCUCGGGUGUACGCGCGUCUUCUAGCCAAGUUCCCGCUGAACCCGACUGCUGCAAAGCCUGCAACAUCGCACCUGCUGCCUCAAGGUCGCUUCGACUCGGAUGAAUUCGCAAAGAUAUUUUGCUUGCCGCCUCAACGAUACGCGCCGUUCAACUCGCAGUUCCGGAAGAAGACGCAGUUCACAGUGCGCGAGAUUUUCCAGAGGAUGCUGAUGCAGGUACCGGGACUGAGUGCCGCCAAGACGGUGGGUCUGUCGGCCAAGUACCAGAACUUCCGAGAACUGGAAAGCGCUCUUCGAAAGCGCGGCCGCGAUAGUGAAGUGGAGCACGUCCGGUGCGGGAAGACCCAGCGUCGGCUCGGAUCGAAGGCGCGUGAGUCGCUUGGUGAACUGCUCACUGCCAGCGAGUACUCGGAGAAUGAGUGA